AUGUCUGAGUCGGAUUACAGGAAACUGGAGCAGUUUAACUGGACGCUGCACACGUGCAACGCAGAUCCGACUUGCAACUCAACUCAGCUGCGGUACCACAACAUCACCUUCUUGGAAGAUGUCAGCCUGCCAGGGGAUGGUUCUCCUGGCCUUCGGACCGCCAUCUCCGUGGUGUAUGGCAUAGUGUGUGCCCUGGGUUUGACCAGCAACCUCUUAGUGCUGUACGUCCUUCACUCUAGCAGGACCAGGUGGAAGUGUACCAUCAAUUUUUUUGUGUUCAAUCUAGCCAUCACUGAUCUGCUCUUCUCUAUGGUCCAACCCUUCUGGACUGUCGACGUGGCUCUCGACUACAGUUGGCCUUUCGGUUGGUGCAUGUGCAAAGUGAUCUCCUUGUUGACAGCGCUCAAUGUCUACGCGGGGACAUUCUUCCUAACUGCCAUGAGUGUGGCUCGCUACUGCUCAGUGGUCACCGCUCUCAAGCCGGCCAGGCCACAGGCUCGGAAGAUAUGUCUGAUGAAACUGGUAACGUGCCUGAUCUGGUCCGGGGCCUUGCUGGCUGCUGCUCCCAGCGUCAUCUUCUCCACCGUUUCUGAAGUAGGGGGAGAUCAGCUCUGUCUCCUCAGGUUCCCUGAGGGAACCUUCUGGUUAGGAGUCCAUCACCUCCUGAGGGUCACAUUUGGCUUUCUCCUCCCGUACACAGUUCUAAUCGUCUUCUAUCUCCUCCUCCUCCGGUUCCUGUGCAACCACAAGCUGAGAAGCGUCAGCCACCACCGCCAGAGCAGAGUAUCCAGAUCAGUGGCAGUGGUGGUCCUGUCCUUUUGCAUCUGUUGGUUUCCCUUCAACGUCAUCACCUUCUGGGGCAUCCUGAUCAAGUUAGAUGUCCUUGAGUUGACGUCAUCCUUCUAUGUGACCCAUACCUAUAUCUUUCCCCUGGCCACUUGCCUGGCCCACACAAACAGCUGUCUGAAUCCCAUCAUUUAUUGCCUGGUUCGUAAAGAGUUCAGAAAAGAGCUGAAGAAAAUACUGUGCAGACCACGAUUCUGGAAUCUGUGCAAGACAUCACUGGCUGCGAUGGCCUGUAGCAAAGACAAGACUCAGGAGCACUACGUAACAGUUCCACUUCCCCACGUGGAAAGCCAAACCGUCCAUUCUCAUACCAAAUCAUUCACCUACGUCACCUCAGUCUCCAGUCCUAGGAACUCUGCUCCUUUGGCUGAGUCUGGGCAAUAA